UUUUAGCUGCAGACGUAGCCUAGGCCAGCCUAGCAAAGUGCUUGUGUGUGUUGUUUUUAUGGUUAUUUCGACAUGACGAGCUUGGACGUGGGGUUCACAAACAGCGGAGUCCUUUCAGCUUCGGUAGUUUUUGGUUGAAACAGAACUGACAGACGACAGCAGACCGCAGUCGAGAGGCAUCAACGAUACAGAAAAACUUGACAACGCGAACCACGCGAACUGUAAGAGAUGGGUAAAGUUCGAAAAAACCGACAGAUAUGUCAUCAAAGCAGCGCACCUCAAGUACCGCGCCAUGAGGUCAGCAUGGAAUGUCAGAACACUGAGGCUCCCAACAUUUCCGCAGCCGUGAAUGACAUUGACGCAUCUGAGGGGCUGUCUAUGGUAUCGUCAAAGCAAGAUGUCAAACACAUGACAAAAAGAGAGAAAACGAUGAUGAAACGAGAAGCAUUCAAGAAAAAACUUGCAGCUACCAAACCUGUGAAGAUGAAAGCAAAGCAAAGGCGCAAACCGACUUGGUUGACUCUCACUUCUUUGCAGGAUGCACUUCCAACUUUAGAAUCCCUUUGCAGGAAGAAAAAAAAACAGCCAGCAAAAGAAAAACCACGAGCUUCCAAGAGUUUCCGCACAAAUCAGAAAUUACUAUUGCAGGACAUGAAUGACAUGGAAAGAAUAGCAAAUACUGAAUAUUUCAAGGCGGACCCUCUGAAGUCUGUGCUUACACACCUCCGCUUUGUCAUACAACAGCAGAGCAGUGAAGGGGGAAAGGAGUAAACCAAAACUUCACACAUGAAGUGUUGUACAGGAGAGUAAAAGUACAAUGUAUG